AUGUCGCCAAGAGAUAAUUCCGCGCCUUUGCGACGACACCCCUCGCUGUCAUCUCGCUCGAACACUCGAACUGCCGUACAUCCUGCGCAUCUUACCAAGGUCUAUACUCUCGAUAACUGGCGCGAGACCUCUCCGGCAGAGGCGUGCCUUGAUGAUGCUGCUUCGGCAGUAGAAGACGUUGAGCAGUUUUCAGGGGCCGUGCCCCGUCGCCGUACAGCCAAAAGCUUCUCAGGACUGCGCCAUCCGAUGGAGGGUCUUGUCGCUCUUGGUCGGCGCUUGUCUGUAACCCUUCGCAACAAGUCAUCGAAGCACAAUUUGCAUCUCUACGGAGAGGAGAAGGAAGACGACUGUCGCAACCAUUGUGUCCAUUCCAACAACAAACGGCACACACCAUCGGGUAGUUUGAGCACAAAGAAAAGCGCUUGGUAUCAUGGACAUAGCAUCAACCGCCGUCCAUCUCUCCAUAGCGUGUCUGCGUUACAUAGCUUCUAUGCGCCGACUGCGUCAGUUCUCGCCCCCAUUCCGGGCUGUGGUUUGAAAUCACCUAUACUUCCUAACGAUAAGCUCUCGGGUGCAGCAGCGCGUGCUGCUGCUGCUGCGGAAAAUGAAAAGAUAGAGCAGAGCAAGCUGGAGUUGAAGUUGAACAGACUCGACCUGACGCGGAUGGAGCGGGACAAGACUUCUCCCAAUGGACUGACCAAGGAUUCCGAGAGUGGUAUCGGCAUUUAUCUGCGAGAUCGAUCUGAUCUUUCAGAAAUUGAGUUGGAUGUUGUGCGAUGUGAUCCUGCGUUAUAUCUUCCUUCUGAAAUUAUGGCUUUUACUCUUUCUUUAUUGGACCCCGUGUCCUUGAUGAAUGCUGAGUCAGUUUCAAGAUCGUGGAACCAUGAAGCAUCUUCCCGUCACGUUUGGAAGCAUGUUUUCCGUUCUGCAUACCCACGACGCUCAGUUAGCGCUACCGAAACCAAGAACAGACAAUCCGCUGGUUUGGGAAAGAAUAUUCCCAAUCAAGAUUGGAAGAAGAUGUUUCUUGUGCGACGGGCCCUCGAUCUUCGUUGGAAAGAGGGUAAGGCUGCUGCAAUCUACCUGUAUGGCCACAAGGAUAGCGUUUAUUGCGCACAGUUUGACGAAAACAAAAUUAUCACUGGCUCUCGUGACCGAACCAUUCGCAUUUGGGAUGCUCAUUACCCUUGGUCUUGUCUUAAAGUUAUCGGCCCACCCACAGAUGAUUCAGCAGACGUCCAAAUGACCAACCCAACUCCACAAGCCACGGGGGUGUCUCCAUUUCUAACUAUCACUCCACCAUCGGUUCCCUUAGGUGACAUUAUCACCCCUAUGGAGUAUCAUAGCGCUUCAAUCCUUUGCUUGAAGUUUGACGAGGAGAUCAUGGUGACCGGAUCUUCGGACUUUAGUUGUAUCGUAUGGGAUAUCAAGGACAACUACCGUCCCAUCCUCCGUCUCAAAGGUCACAGUCUUGGUGUCUUGGAUGUGUGCUUUGAUGACCGGUUCAUCAUUUCAUGCUCUAAGGAUAGCACAAUCUGUGUAUGGGAUCGCAAGACUGGUGAGCUUCUGGAGCGGCUUACUGGUCACCGCGGGCCGGUAAAUGCCGUACAACUGCGCGGUGACCUGAUCGUGUCAGCGAGCGGAGACGGCGUGGUCAAGUUGUGGAACGUUAUCUCUGGAACCUGCGUGAAGGAGUUCCCGAGUAAAGACCGUGGUCUUGCUUGUGUUGAGUUCAGCGACGAUGGCCGAACUAUCUUGACCGGUGGUAAUGAUCGUGCUAUAUACAAAUUUGAUGCGAACACCGGUGAAAUGGUCAAUGCACUCCGGGGCCACUCUCACUUGGUUCGGUCGCUUCAUUUGGACACCAUGAACAAGCGUAUUGUGAGUGGCAGCUACGACAUGAGUGUCAAGGUCUUUGACUCUGAGUCUGGAGAGUUAUCCCUUGAUCUCGCUGGGUGGACCACAAGUUGGAUCCUUAAUGUCCAGUCUGACUACCGACGCAUUGUUGCUACUAGUCAAGACUCUCGGGCAGUCAUUGUGGACUUUGGCUACGGCCUUGAUGGCGUUGACCUCUUGGAGGAGUAA